CCUGUGCGCGUGUAUGCGUUAGAGGCGUUUGGGAGCGAGAGUUGCACCGGUGGUGCUGGAAAACUCGUUUGGCCGCUUCGUUGGCAGUUCUCGAUGUUGCAUCGGAACGUGAUAGAAGUGAUACAGUUUUCUAAAGCCGUGGCAAGCUUGCACAGUUUACGCUAGAAUGGAAAUACGAGAAUACCUCUUGGUGUUCAUCGUGGCUACCAUCACCGAUAGUUCCGGUUCAGGCAGCCGUGUUGUUCCGUAUAAAGCUGUCAUCGAGUACAAGGGGAGUGCUUUCUGCGGUGGAUCCGUCAUAGAAACGGUUUGGAUUCUAACGGCGGCUAAAUGUGUGAUGAAUAAGACGAUAUCCUAUCUGACGGUUCGGCUGGGCUGCAACAGCCUUAACGAAGGCGGAGUCUUGUACAGUGUGAAAGCUUCUUACGUUCAUCCGAAGCAUAAUGGGACAACAUCGAAACGGGCUUUGGCCUUGCUGAAGCUAAGCACUGCAUUGAAGUUUUCCCCAACUGUCAGCCCUAUUCCGUUGGUCAAACCAGGCUAUGGGAUGGAAGAGGGAACGCCCUGCUCGAUUCCCAGUUCGAUUGCCAAUAUAACGGAAAUCAAAGCCAAACUGUGGACGCGAGAAAAAUGCCAGACUGCUUACCCGAGUGCAGUCAAUUUCACAGACGACGCACUGUGCGCAAAGAUCACGACCGCCAAUAACAACACCAUCCAGUGUAAUGACAGCCAGCGUCAGCCCCGACUACGCUUCAUGCUAGGCAGUCCGCUAGUAUGCGAAGGCAAGCAAGUCGCAAUCGUGUCUCGUUUAGGUGCUGAAUCGAUGCAAGCCACUGCUGCAGUACCUAUGGCUGGUGUGUCGUCGGGGGUAGGCCGCCUGUGUGAUGGUGACCCCGGCGAUACUGGACCGGUCGGGCAGCGCUUCGCUAUCUACGGUAUGCCGGAUUAUUUUACAGAUGUGGCGUUCGGUAAUAAAUGGAUCAGUUCGUUUACCGUACGGAGAAAACGGAAACUGAGCAGCAGCCAAAACCGACGCCGUUCAUCCGUGAAAGGCGGCCGGAAUCAUCGGAACGGCGGCGCACCGGGUGUGAGCAGUUCCGUUCUGGUGGGUGCAGUGUUGGUGCUAAGUGGCCACAUGGUUCGUGCUGUGUGAUUCUAGUCAAGUUGGAACGAUUGUGAGAUGAUGAAUUUUCAUUGUUAAAUGGUGCAAGAGUGACAUGAUCACAGUAUUCGGAUAACACAGUAGUCAAGAUAAAAGUUAGGAUAUUUUAACCAUUUUAAAUUUAUGUCGUUUCAUUCCGUUGUAGCAUGAAUUUUUACUCUCAAAGACUAACCUAAAGUCUUUUGAGAUUUUUAUUAUUCAUAAAAAUGCGUUAAAUUUCAGAGGGUGCUGCCAAAGGCUGAGUGAAUUGGCAUGAUAUCCUUCAAUAUCCCAAUUAUAUUAUUUUAUUCUGAGUAAGGCAUAUUCGAUCAAUAAAUUGACAAGAUAAAUAU